AUGGCCGCCUCCACCAUGUCUGUCUGCUCUGACGCUUGCACCAACGCCUCCUGGCAGGUGGAUGACUGCCCAGAGAGCUGCUGUGAGCCCUGCUGCUGUGCCCCAGCCCCCUGCCUGACCCUUGUCUGCACCCCAGUGAGCUGUGUGUCCAGCCCCUGCUGCCAAUCUUCCUGCUGCACACCCUCAUGCUGCCAGCAGUCUAGCUGCCAGCCAGCUUGCUGCACCUGCUCCCCCUGCUCUGUGACCCUUUGCUGCAAGCCUGUGUGCUGCACACCCAUCUGCUCUGGAUCAUGCUGCCAGCAGUCUAGCUGCCAGUCCUCCUGCUGCCAGCCCUCCUGCUGUGUGCCUGUCUGCUACAAGCCUGUGUGCUGCACACCCAUCUGCUCUGGCUCCUCCUCCUGCUGCCAGCCCUCCUGCUGCCAGCCCUCCUGCUGUGCUCCUGUGUGCUGCAAGCCCUGCUCCAGUGUGUCCCUGCUGUGCCGCCCUGUGUGCAGACCUGCCUGCUGUGUGCCCAGCUCCUCCUGCUGUGCCUCCUCCUGCCAGCCCAGCUGUUGUCGCCCAGCCUCCUGUGUGUCCCUGCUGUGCCGCCCUGCCUGCUCCCGUACGACUUGCUGA